ACGUGAUAAGAGUAGGCGGGGUCUGGUAGUUGUUUCCGGAAACAUGGAGGCUGUCGUGAGUGAUGUUGUUGCUCCUGAAGACCUUUUAAAAUUUGAGAAGAAAUACAACAAUGAGCUGAAAAAAGGAUCCGUGUCCAAAGACACAAAGUUUGAAUACGCUUGGUGCCUGAUUAGGAGCAAAUACACGGAUGACAUUAAGAAGGGAAUCGUGCUGCUGGACGAGCUCGUUCACAAAUCGACAAAAGACGACUCUCGGGACUACUUGUUCUACCUCGCAGUUGCGAACUACAGACUCAAAGAGUAUGAGAAGGCCCUGAAGUACGUGCGGACUCUGCUCAGGAAUGAGCCGGGGAACAAGCAGGCCUUGGACCUGGAGACGCUCAUCAACAAGGCCUUAAAGAAAGAUGGCUUGGUUGGCAUGGCGAUCAUCGGUGGAAUCGGCGUGGGAGUCCUUAGCUUGGCGACUCUCGUCGGCUUGGCGGUAUCGAAGGGAGGUGCCAAAUCCUAACCCGGAUCUAAAACAGACACUGUCUCGGUGCCUCGACGUGCCGAAGAGGACUCACACCAUAACUCCGCCCUCUUUAUCCACUCAGACUUUAUGGAGCGAGCGUGAACGUUUGAAGUUUAUUUUACACUUCAGUGACAUAUUUUCACCUUUUAUGUCGAGUGAUAUUCGCCACGUUCUGGGCAUCACAUCAUUCCCCGUCUACUAACACGCUUUAACGUGUUGCUUUCUCUUUUUUUGUGUGUGCGAAUAAAUUUGAAAAGGGA